AUGGCCCAGUGUGUACAAUCAGUGCAGGAGCUCAUCCCGGACUCCUUCGUCCCCUGUGUGGCCGCGCUGUGUAGCGACGAAGCCGAGCGGCUUACUCGUCUCAAUCACCUUAGCUUCGCGGAGUUGCUUAAGCCCUUUUCUCGCCUCACUUCCGAGGUUCAUAUGAGAGAUCCCAAUAAUCAGCUUCACGUAAUUAAAAACUUGAAGAUAGCUGUAAGCAACAUUACCACCCAACCACCUCAGCCUGGAGCCAUUCGGAAACUCUUGAAUGAUGUGGUUUCUGGCAGUCAGCCUGCAGAAGGAUUAGUAGCUAAUGUGAUAACGGCAGGAGAUUAUGACCUCAACCUCAGUGAUUGGUCAAUUGAAGCUAGUGUUCCUUGGUAUAGUAAUUGGAGAGACAUAAUGAUGGAAUUGAAAGAAUCCUCAUUAUGUAUAGCUACUACGCCAUGGUUUGAGUCUUACAGAGAGACCUUUCUUCAGUCGAUGCCAGCGUCAGAUCAUGAAUUUCUGAACCACUAUUUAGCAUGUAUGUUGGUGGCAUCCUCUGGUGAACCUGAACCUGUGGAACAGUUUUCAAAAUUGUCACAAGAACAGCAUCGAAUUCAGCACAAUAAUGACUAUUCCUACCCCAAGUGGUUUAUACCAAAUACGCUUAAAUAUUAUGUACUUUUACAUGAUGUAAGUGCAGGAGAUGAACAGAGAGCUGAGUCAAUUUAUGAAGAAAUGAAACAGAAAUAUGGAACUCAGGGUUGCUAUCUACUUAAAAUUAAUUCUCGAACAUCUAAUCGAGCAUCAGAUGAACAGAUACCAGAUCCUUGGAGUCAGUAUCUCCAGAAAAAUAGUAUUCAAAACCAGGAAUCAUAUGAAGAUGGCCCUUGUACUAUAACUUCAAAUAAGAAUUCUGAUAGUAACUUGCUUUCAUUGGAUGGAUUAGAUAACGAAGUCAAAGAUGGCUUACCAAAUAACUUUAGAGCUCACCCGCUUCAAUUGGACCCCUCCAGUGACUCUUCUCACAGUAUUGAUGGCCCAGAUCAUGUAAAAUCUGCUUCAUCAUUACACGAAACAAAGAAGGCAAAUGCUGGAAUUAUUCAUGGUGCAUGUUUAACCCUUACUGACCAUGAUAGAAUUCGACAGUUUAUACAAGAGUUCACAUUUCGGGGCCUUUUGCCACAUAUAGAGAAAACGAUUCGGCAAUUAAAUGAUCAGCUAAUAUCAAGAAAAGGUUUGAGUCGAUCUCUAUUUUCUGCAACUAAAAAAUGGUUUAGUGGCAGUAAAGUUCCAGAAAAGAGCAUUAAUGAGCUAAAAAAUACAUCUGGAUUGCUGUAUCCACCAGAAGCGCCAGAACUUCAGAUCAGGAAAAUGGCCGACUUGUGCUUUUUGGUGCAGCACUAUGAUUUGGCAUACAGUUGUUAUCAUACUGCAAAGAAAGAUUUUCUUAAUGAUCAAGCAAUGCUUUAUGCAGCUGGUGCCUUGGAAAUGGCAGCUGUGUCAGCUUUUCUUCAGCCAGGAGCACCCAGGCCAUACCCUGCACAUUAUAUGGAUACAGCAAUUCAGACCUACAGGGAUAUCUGCAAGAAUAUGGUAUUGGCUGAAAGAUGUGUAUUGCUUAGUGCUGAAAUCUUAAAAAGCCAAGGCAAAUAUUCAGAGGCUGCAGCUCUCCUAAUACGGUUGACCAGUGAGGAUUCUGAUCUUCGAAGUGCACUUCUUUUGGAACAGGCGGCACAUUGCUUUAUAAACAUGAAGAGUCCCAUGGUUAGAAAAUAUGCAUUUCAUAUGAUAUUGGCAGGCCACCGGUUCAGUAAAGCAGGGCAGAAAAAACAUGCUUUACGCUGCUAUUGUCAAGCCAUGCAAGUUUACAAAGGAAAAGGCUGGUCUCUUGCAGAGGAUCAUAUUAACUUCACCAUUGGGCGACAGUCCUACACUCUCAGGCAACUGGACAAUGCUGUGUCUGCUUUCAGGCAUAUUUUAAUCAAUGAAAGUAAACAAUCUGCUGCUCAACAAGGGGCCUUCCUCAGAGAAUAUCUUUAUGUUUACAAGAAUGUGAGUCAGCUCUCCCCAGAUGGCCCUUUACCGCAGCUUCCUUUGCCAUACAUUAGCAGUUCAGCAACCCGGGUUUUCUUUGGCCAUGACAGACGACCAGCAGAUGGUGAAAAGCAAGCAGCUACUCAUGUAAGUCUUGAUCAAGAAUAUGACUCUGAAUCCUCUCAGCAGUGGCGAGAACUUGAGGAACAAGUGGUGUCUGUGGUCAACAGAGGAGUCCUUCCAUCCAACUUCCAUCCCACGCAAUAUUGUUUGAACAGUUAUUCAGAUAACUCAAGGUUUCCCCUUGCAGUUGUGGAAGAACCAAUAACAGUGGAAGUGGCUUUUAGAAACCCUUUGAAAGUUCCACUUUUUUUGACUGAUUUGUCAUUGCUUUGGAAGUUUCAACCUAAAUAUGUCAGUGGAAAGGAUAAUGAAGAAGUUAAAGAACUAGUAAAAGGUGAACCUGAAAUGAUCGGAACUGAAGUUAUUUCAGAAUUCUUAAUUAAUAGUGAAGAAUCUAAAGUGGCAAGGCUAAAGCUCUUUCCCCAUCACAUAGGGGAGCUGCAUAUUCUGGGAGUUGUGUAUAAUCUUGGCACCAUUCAGGGCUCCGUGGCAGUAGAUGGCAUUGGUGCUCUUCCUGGAUGUCACACAGGAAAACAUUCCUUGAGUAUGUCAGUCCGAGGGAGACAGGAUUUAGAAAUCCAAGGUCCUCGACUUAACAACACAAAAGAAGAGAAAACAUCUAUUAAAUAUGGUCCUGAUCGACGUCUAGAUCCCAUAAUCACUGAGGAAAUGCCACUAUUGGAGGUGUUCUUUAUACAUUUUCCUACAGGGCUCCUCUGUGGAGAAAUCCGAAAAGCCUAUGUAGAAUUUGUCAAUGUCAGCAAAUGUCCUCUUACUGGAUUGAAGGUUGUUUCUAAACGUCCAGAGUUCUUUACCUUUGGUGGUAACACAGCUGUUCUAACACCGCUGAGUCCCUCGGCUUCUGAGAACUGUAGUGCUUACAAGACUGUUGUGACAGAUUCUACCUCUGUGUGUACAGCACUCGUAUCAUCAGCUUCUUCUGUGGACUUUGGCAUCGGCAUAGGAAGUCAGCCAGAGGUGAUUUCUGUUCCCCUUCCUGACACUGUUCUUCUACCUGGAGCUUCAGUUCAGCUACCAAUGUGGUUACGUGGGCCAGAUGAAGAAGGUGUCCAUGAAAUUAACUUUUUGUUUUACUAUGAAAGCAUUAAAAAGCAGCCUAAAAUACGUCACAGAAUAUUAAGACAUACUGCAGUCAUUUGUACCAGCCGAUCUUUGAAUGUGCGAGCCACUGUCUGCAGAAGUAAUUCUCUUGAAGAUGAGGAGGGCAGAGGAGGCAAUAUGCUAGUCUUUGUGGAUGUGGAAAAUACCAAUACUAGUGAAGCAGGUGUGAAGGAAUUCCAUAUAGUGCAAGUAUCAAGUAGUAGUAAACACUGGAAGUUACAGAAGUCUGUAAAUCUCUCUGAAAACAAAGAUGCCAAACUUGCCAGUAGGGAGAAGGGAAAGUUUUGUUUCAAGGCAACACAAUGUAAGGAAGAAGAAGUUACGGAGGUCUCAGAAAAAUACACCUUUGCAGAUAUCAUCUUUGGAAAUGAACAGAUAGUAAGUUCAGCAAGCCCAUGUGCAGAUUUCUUCUAUAGGAGUUUAUCCUCUGAAUUGAAGAAACCACAAGCCCAGUCUUUGGUGCAUACAGAAAAACAGUCAGUAGAGGAUGUUAUGAGGUUAAUCCAGAAGUGCAAUGAGGUGGAUUUGAAUAUUGUGGUGUUGUGGAAGGCUUAUGUAGUGGAAGACAGUAAGCAGCUUAUUUUGGAAGGUCAGCACCAUGUUGUUCUUCGCACUAUUGGAAAAGAAGCUUUUUCAUAUCCUCAGAAACAGGAGCCACCAGAAAUGGAACUAUUAAAAUUUUUCAGGCCAGAAAACACUACAGUUUCCUCAAGACCAUCAGCAGAGCAGCUUUCUAAUCUUAUUAAAACGAGUCUUCACUAUCCAGAAUCAUUUAAUCAUCCCUUUCAUCAAAAAAGCCUUUGUUUAGUACCAGUGACCCUUUUACUUUCCAAUUGUUCCAAGGCCGACGUCGAUGUAAUAGUUGAUCUUCGGCAUAAAACAACAAGCCCAGAAGCUUUGGAAAUCCAUGGAUCAUUUACAUGGCUGGGACAAACACAAUAUAAACUUCAGCUUAAAAGCCAGGAGAUUCACAGUUUGCAGCUGAAAGCAUGCUUUGUCCACACAGGUGUUUAUAACCUUGGAACUCCUAGGGUAUUUGCCAAGUUAUCGGACCAAGUCACGGUGUUUGAAACAAGUCAGCAGAGCUCCAUGCCUGCCCUGAUCAUCAUCAAUAAUGUGUGA